GAAUUUUCUAAAAGCCUAUUAUCUACUGAGUAUUUUCAUAACACACGACCUGUUUUGGCAGAUUCAAAGUUUUAAUAGGUAAUUUCUGCCCACUUUGCAUUCCUUAUAAGUGUGCAACACGAUCUUAAAAACAGAAAUUUAUAAUUGCAAGUCAUUGGGCCGUUAAGCUAGAGCUUAUUCAGUCUUAUGGCUGCGCACUCUACCGUCAGCUGGCUCUAUUUUAAUCAGCCGUCAUAGAGCUAUUUGAAGCGAUAAACACCAUCAUUCCAAAGCAGCCUUGAACCGACUGCCGUAAACUCUAGAGCAACGUUUGUGCAUGUGCACCGCGAUCGUCGGUCUUAACGUCGAAAUAUUUCACCUUAACACUGACGUUUUGAGGUGGCCAGUUUUAUUUCAGGUAAGUGUUCACUGUUUAGGUUAUCAAUAUAGUGUGUUAAUAUUUCUUGUUAAUGAACGCGUAUUAAGUUCUUUUAAAGCCAUAAAUACUGUAACGUCGAGAACAAAUAAAUGUACGCCUGCUACUCAGAAGCACUGAAGUGGAUUUGCAAACUGUCGCUCGGCUGAAGCCAGCAGGCCGUUUACUUUUGAUCUCAGAUUAAUGCUAAGUUCACAAAUAUCCGCCAUGAGUAAAGCGAAAGUGAAGAAAUACUGAAGCUGACAGCGUCGAAGCUCAUUGGCACGGCGUACAUGUUCCGUUUUUAAUCACGUACCAAAGCGGGUAAAAAACAGUAAGUCGCGGACUCUUCGUCUGUGAUUUAGGGCUUGACAACCGCCGGAUUUGCGCUAAGGCUUCUGCGUUGACAAGUGAUCUAAAAGUGCUUAUAUGCAGAGAAAUCGAAUAGUCUUCAGGACUAAACAGUUUAAUACACCCAUUUUCAUCUUCUUCGGCACUAACCCAAUGAUGUUUGCGCGCCAUUAAGCAAGUACAUUAAUAGAUCACUCUUUCUUUCGUUGACUUGUAUUCAAAACGUGCCCAUGAUUUCCCGCGGUUUGUUUACAGCUUUUGCAUCGCAUACUUAAUAUACCUGUGAGAGCGCGAUCUAUAUAAUAAUGUGCCUGAAGUGAGCUUUGUUAUGCGAAUAACGAUACUCACUCGCAUUGUACAAAGGCGUCAAACUUGCACUCAAACAAUACCUGAAUCGCUUCGCGCUCAACAUGACAAAGAGAUCCCUGAAGCAUAGGAAAUGCUGCUAUUGUGAUCGACCUUGAGAUAAAACUGCACGUUUUGCCGCAGACACUAUAAACACCUGGGAAGGUUAGUAAGCCACGUGCUUUGUCAUAUUGCCAGCUAUUUGGUUUAAGGACACGUGCUCAGUUGGUAGAGGACACAAUCAUUAGCAAAGAAACGUUGAAAGUAUACGCCAACUAAAAUCGUCAGUUGAAGUCCACUUGCGAAACUGCGACUAAAUUGCUGGUUUGUACUAUUUUUUAUUUUACCUGUUAACAAAAAUUCCCAUUUUUAGCUACAAGUUAUUAUACGUACAAACACUAAAUUAGUGUUGUGUAAAAUGAAACUUAUGAUCUAGGCCAAGGUUAUUCAAAAUGCAUGUCCUGCGACGGAAACUUUAAAGAUUACAGAGAGAUUAGCCCUUACUUUCCAUCCUGAUCUCUUGUAACAUCGCUAAAGUAGUGAUUUUAAAAGCUUUCCUGGGGUCUGGAUGGAUGUUAGUCGAUCACAACAUGAAAACACACGAGUUGAAGCACAGAUUAUGUACAAGGCGGAACUUAUUAUACCUUUUAUGACCAUCGAGUUCUCUCAAAAAUAAAUAUGCUUUUCUAUUACAUCUCAUUAAUCUUGGCCACACAACCUUCAGACAGUGCUCCGAAUAAAACUUCCACCGUGAAAAAUUCAAAUUUACAUCAUUCAUUAGAAAGCAAAUCUUACGCGGAAGUACUAUCAAAACCGAUAUUUUUUGCCAGAUUCUUCCGCUUAUCUGCAUCGGUGGGUUUCUUUGAAGACUCAAAUAAAGAGACUACAACACCUACUGAUUUAUUACAGCUGAAACGGUUUCGAAAUUACUUUCAUGUUGAACAAGAAACUUGAGGUUUAUAUGCGCUCAUUAAAAGAUAUUUCAGGGAAAAAUGGAAAUUCAGAUCCUUAUUUAAGACAGUGUUAUUAUAUUAUUAUACUUUGUAUUGCAGUGUUCUCAGAACAAGAUAUUGUUUUCUCCUUUCUUGCAAUAAUGGCACUUUUCGACUGUGAAAUCCCGAUAACAAGACUUGUUCCUUCUCUGACUAGUGACAAAUUGUACAACAUUACUUAAUUACCUGUACUUUAGCGUGAAGCCGGAAACCUUGCACAACCAAGAGUGCACAAAAAUUAAAAUCAGAACUACUUGUAAAAUGCUCGAAAAAUUAUUUUGGGUUCUCUAUAAAAAGCUAACUCAUGCACUAUUGACUGAAUUUUUAAAAGUCGGAAGCGAUGACGCACUUUAGCCAAAUUUAGACGGUGUGAAAUAGCAACAAAAUUAAGCGAAAUAUAAAAACAACUACUUACAACAUCGAAGGAAAAUUAAACAACACAGCAAGUAUAAUAGGCAAGGCAAAAAUAGACAAAAUUGAGGAAUUUCAGAACAGAGUGCAACUGGGAUUUUUGAAAACUUGUUAGCCUUACUGUUCUUCCAGGUUCACGGAUCCCUCUUCUCCGUAACUCUUUAAAAUUUAUUGUUCAUGGGAGACAUAUUUUUGUGUCAUGAAGCUGCCUAUCCAUUCACAUUUUAAGUGCAACGUUAAGUUCCAUAGAGAGUGCAAGUCGUAGAGUGAUUUAUUGGCAAUUCCUACACUGCAGCGACACAACUUCUUUAAAAAGAAUUUACCAAACAGUGACAUCUCUCGCCUACAUUAGUUAAUAAAGCCAAUAAUGACAGGUCGCAUCACACAGUCAGGUGACAGCCACCAUUUCAUUCAGUUGAUUGGAACCAGUAUUAAUAAUUAUUAGUUCUUCUUAUUUUCAAAAAUAUAUGGUCCUCUCUUUUCGCUAAUUCAGUCGACGCAUUUUUGAAACUCCUUUACUUAAUGACCGCAAAGCCUUCCAUUCAUUUGUUUAGGGAAGGAUUCAAAACUGCUGAAAACUUCUUGUAUGUUUUUGUCAGUAUUCCGUACUUGAAAAGGGGUGUUGGCUAGUUGUCAAGGACCUGACUGACUUUGUUAGCGUGGUCCACUAAACUUAAUUAAUUUCUGGCCAAACUUCCACGAUCAAUAUCACUUGUUUAUGAAUACACACGACAGGGUAUCGAGAUUUAACUGGUAUUGAGUGAUGAUACCGUGUUUUAUUUUUCAGUAAUGAGUUCGUUCUUUUGAAUCCGGACCUUUUUCUAUGUUAAAUCUAUUUCAAAGUUGCACUAGCGACUCUGGUUAAAAACGUUCAUCUUAAAGGAGCUGCACGCCAAGAAAUUCAGCCAAAUAUGGAAAUUACAAAAGAGGAACAUAAAAAUAACCGCUUAAAACUUUGAAGGAGGGUUAAAAUAACAUAACAGAAACAACAGAUGUCACGGAUGGGCAAAACUGAAGAAGACUGAAACGGAUUGAAAUUAAAUUUUUGAAAACUGUUCAGCCUAACGGUUUUUCAAAGUUCAUCCCUGCUGCUUGCAACUGCAAAAAUAAUGCUCAGGAGACAUAUUUGUUUGUCUCGGGUCUCUGAUUUUGUCAUUUACAUGUAAUUUCUCUGCUUGCUUUAAGUUCCAUAGCGAUUGAGGGCGAGUAAUUGGCAAAAUUAAACAAAAUGAACUGGACUGCCGUGACACAGCCCCUUUCAUGGAGCUGCGCGUCACGAAAAUAUCAAGAUUCAAACUGUAGAAGCUGGUACCAAACUGACUGAAACGUUAAAAACUGCUCAAAACAUGAAAAGAAGUUAUAAAUAACACAGCAAAUACCGACAAACAGAGUCACGGAUGGACAAACUUGAAAAAGAUUGAAAUUAACUCAGUCCUGAGUGGUGAUUGUUGAAAAUUUGUAAUAGCCUGGCAUUUUUUUUUUUUAAGUUGAUUUUUCAUCUUUGUAACGAUUGAUAUUAAUGCUUGGGAGACAUAUUUCCUUGUUACAAAGCUCUCUUUGUUUCUUACGAUUAGGAAGUCAUUUCUCACGUAACCAUGGCGGAUAAGUAAACGUAACUAGCAUUAUGAAAAAAUUAACUAGACAGCCCGGCGUGACAGAGCCCCUUGAAAAGAAAUAAGGACCCAGUUUCGGUAAAAUUAUGACAAUGAUGAAACUGAAGUAUGAGAAGUUUUUUUUUCCAAGUCACUGUUUAAUUUAGAUUCGGUUUUUGUUUAUUCACCUGCUGUAAGUUUGUUUAGUCUGGUCUAACAGCUGCGUGCAGUGAAUGUUGCGCCACUUUCGCAGUAUGAGGCCAAUUAUAGGCGAGUUAAAAGAUACCUUGUAAAAGCGGAUUUUCUAGCUGUUAGCUUAGUCUCAGAUCAACCGUGGGAUAAAGAUUUCAUACAUGUAGUACUGAACUGAAAGUUGAUAACUAGUAAGUUCUUGGAGACAAGUACCAGUGGCAUGACUCAUUGUGGUGUAGAAACCAACACUAGGACAUCAGACUGGUGUUAAUACAAGGUAAAAUCUGUUAGCUAUGUAACGUUUAUUCUUUGGUUGAUUUCUAUGAUGCAGCUAGUGCGUGGAAACAGAGGCCUAGCCACAAUGCAAUAAAGACAGUUUGAAAAUAGAAGAACAUUGUCUAAGAGCUUUGACUUUUGGCUGUUAACAUAGAUAUAACCAUAUAUGACCAUAUAUCGUUCGUUUUGACGCCACUUGACAACUAUUGCACAGAUCACUUCAGUCAUCAUCACUAUCUUGAUUCGAUAAUUAUAAGAGCAGGAAGCAAAUUCUUUGUAAAAGGUUUUUCUGUCCGGGAAACUUUCGUUAGUAAUGAAAAAAUCAUUUUAACGCCGUCGGGCAUCCGCGCCAAGGGGCCAAUAAUUUAUUCACACUUUUACAUAGCGUUCACUAAAGUAAAGAACAAAAAACAAAAGACAAAGCAAAAUCACAUGUAACGAAAGUUUUAGUUUUUCACUGCAUUUUUCACUUUUCUCAUUUGAAUUCUGUGAAGUUCUGAUAUUUUACCCUACAUCUCUUUAUUUUCCUCGUAACACUGUUACGAUAAAGGCUGAAUAAAUUGGAAACGGGACAUCUCAGUUACUCUCCAACAAAGUCUCAAGGACAAAGCACAUCAACAUAAACCAAAAUUUGCGAUUAACAUUUUUGGGCCAAAAAACGUAUUAUAGGAUUUAAUGAUGUCAGGGGUUAAAAUAAAUAAAACGAUCGCUAACGGAGAAGCAAAUUCCAGCUAAAGGGUCAUUGGCUGUACCUGAUCGUACAUCGAUUCAAAUAAUCGGCGAUACGUUGUGGGCGAGAAAUGUAAGCUAGUAAGGCAUAUAUACUACAAAUCCUUACUGUAAACAAAGGACGGCCACAGCAGGGUCCAAAGUAUAAGUCAGAUCAAGUUUAUCACUCAAAAAUGAGGCUUUAACGUCGUAUUAGAACAGAAACUAAGAACCCUUCGACGAAAGGUAUUACAUAGUUGCUGAAAGGUUGAGCAGAUAGCACGAAAGACCGUCACGACAUGGUUCGAAUUCCCACACCGUAACAAUCCAUUAAGUUCAAACAAGAUAGAUUGAGUCUAAUCUUCCCACUUAUUAAGCCAUUUUCUUAUUCGCCUCACUAUCAAAAAUAAUAAAAUAUAAAGAUUAACAGAAUCAACGACCAAAAGUUCAAACCCAUACCUCCCACUGCGUGUUAAACUUAUUGUCGAGAUUAAGGGGGCAUUAAGCUGAAGUCUUCGGCUGUUUACAAGUUAUUAGCUACAAAACAAUUUGUGGAAUAGUUUAAAUUCAUCUUUGGGGUAAGACUUGGUCAGGCAGGAAUACAGCAAUUAACGAACUGAAAACUGAUAAACUAACAUAGUCUUAUCACCUAUGUGUUACAACUUUGAAAUGCAAUUUCCACCUUAUGAAAAAAACAAGUCAAUAGCUAUCAUAAUGUAUCAAUGCUUAUAUCUCUACUAUGAGCUCUUAGUAACUGUUUGAGCACUCCGUAUUUAGAAGGCCUGAUGUCAUGUUUGGCCUCGAAAUGAUUUUCCAAAGAAGUUUACGUUUAACUCUGUGAAAAACGUUUCAUGACUUGGUUGUUUUAACGAAAGGAAAUAUCACGCCCUCGAAAAGGCGUAUAAUACCCCACUGGGGGGGAUAAGAAAAUAUCAUCACUUUUCCGUGGAAACUACUCAAAAAACGCCUUUCAUGUAAAAAUCUCUAAAAUGCUAUGAGGCGAGGACUAUUUGAUUAUUUUGGGGAUAAGAACAAGGUUUAUUUGAUGGUUCGUGUAUGAGCAGCGUUUUUCCGAUACAAAGUCGUGAUAUAGUUUUUAAAACUGCCAACCCUAUAAUAUAUCUGGACUUGUACGUUUUUAGCCUAAGUCCGUAUGAACAGGAAAUUCUUCGGCCGGCAUAAAGAUCAAUUUUUCGCCCCUUUCGUUAUCAAAAUCUGUUCAGUUGUCAUUAGAAUGGAUGACGUCAAUCAUACGCAAUUGCUUGCGAAUUAACAGUGAGAAUACUUGCGAUUGUAAUUCUCGAGUUUUCAAAUUAAGGCUUAGCACGUCAUUUUGACGAAAAUACGAUACACCCGGAUUCUCAUCAGAAAAACUACAUCGUCUUUAGAUUUCUACAAACAACUUUCCUUCGCUUGUCUUUUUGGAGGGAUAUGAAAAAGCCAGCGAACUCGGUCCGUUUAUAAACCUCGAUCUUGAGUACAUAAUCAGAAAUAAAAUGUUAAACUAUUUGAAUUUUCUAGAUCACUAGUAUCAACUGAUUUUUCCUCCGAGUCCAUCGAAAGUUCGGCCUGCAAAAUGUUCACCCUUCGGGUUUACGUCCUGUAGAAAUUGUUUUACAUCUGAUGAGUGACUUUUUAUUCAAGACUAUACAAGUAUUUACAUGCAGGUUCAUAAACCGUGUAUAAAACCGCAAAUAUUCGAUGUAGAAGACAAUUUGGUAACAGGCCACCUUUGUCAGAAGGUCAAAACAUUGUCUGACAUUGUGUUGUCUCUGAUAACUUCCGACAUCACCAUAUCCUUAAAUUCUUUUGCAGAUAACAUAUAAUAUUUAGGAUUAUGAAGCCGGUUUUACAAAUUUGAACAGGUCGACGCCGGUGGAAGGAGAUUUCACUGCAGCGUACUAAUCGCGUAGUGAACGAAACUCAAGUCAGCCGUUUACAUUUCACAAGGUAAGCACUAUUUUGGCUUGUAGCCGGUAUGAGAGGGUAAUCUUCUAUUUCUACAUUCUGACUAAAGUGCAUUGACCUUAUGAAUCUAGCAACGACGUACGCCUUUCGGCCAGCAAGCAUUUUGAGGACAUUGGUGAAUUUACCGGCUAAGCACUAAUAUGGGCCUUAUAUAGCAUAUUCGUCUUAGUAGCCUUGCUUCGCUGAGUUUAAGCUUCAUGCACUUAAGACUGUGGAAAUUGUGUGCAGGAUCAGUGCAUCCGUUUAGUUGCUCAACCAAAAAGUUGAGCUUCAUCUAUUGCGCCAUUAUUCAUGCAGCUUCAUGCGAAAGCCUUUGAAUCCAGUUGAAAAGCUGCUUAGUUAAAAUCGUUAAGACUUUUCCAGUGUUUGCUUCACUGAUUUUUGUCGACUUCGAAUCCAGUACAAUAACAUUACAGAAACCUAACCGCAGCCUUGCAGUUUUCAACUACCUAUUUUCACUUCCUAACCUUGGCUUUAAUUUGGACGUUUUGUCGGUUUUAAAGGGCAUUCCGUUUUGUUUUUCUUGUUUUUGUUUUUUGUCUUUUUGCGUCAGUCCUUCCUGAGUUGGGGUUAAAAUUAUCGGACUAACCAUACAUGUAUUGUUUGCUUCGCAAAUGUUUGUCAGUCGACUUUCAAAUCUAGCAAAACAUGAAAAUACAUAAUGAGCUUACUUAUAUCUGAACUUAAACUCAGUCUUUCAGUUUUAUGUUACCGAUUUUCCCUCUGUUAACCCAGAUUUAAAUAAACACCUUUGGUUUGUGAUGACAAAGCAUUUUCUAUCAGCAAGGCAACUAGUCAACAUAAACUUAUACUCGACUUUCAAAUUUGAAGUUUUAGCUUGAUAAUAUAAUUACUCCAUUCUUGCUCAAGGAGAAAGUUUGUGUGAGAAUCCAAACGUAAUUAACUUAGCCAUAUUAUUUUACGCUAAUAAUUCUCGAUAAAAAGGACUUACAGAGGCACGAAAAAACAGCAGAAUCUAAGAAAUUCGCACGAACAUAGAGCCAUCUAAUUAAAAAGGCCUUAAAUCGGUCGUAAAAAGGCGAUAAAUCGGUCGUAAGUUCCCCCAAAACCUAUAAUGUAACUUAUGUACACGCAGGUCGAAAAAUUGGAUUAAUCAAUUUAUGAUGUAUCUGUUUGAUUCUGGCCAGUAUAAACUACGAGUUUAUGUACUUAUAAGUUUCUACCCUGACUCAUGAUCCAAUACUUAAAUAAGCUUAGACGCUCUGGAUAACAUGGCCGAUAUUCGCCAUGCAAAAUUGUUCCAUCACUAGAAUCCGCCGAUAAUACAACGGUAUUGGGGUGUUCUGCUCUAAGGAACAGUAGUUACAACGUGUUCCAAACUUGACGCACAUCUUUCCGACGGUCUUUCCCGCAAUCUUCGCAGCAUUUUUCAGCUAGUUUUACAAAACGCAAAGGGAAGGAAUUGUAUUUGCUAUUACGGGAGUAAGUUAAAUCUGAGUAUUGCUCAAUUUUACUGUAAUUAGGAGGUAUCAUCGUUCUGGUUGUUUCUUCGUAAGGAACGAGUUUUGCAGUGGGCUGUAAAAAAGUGGGAACCAUCUAGCAUUAUCACCGCUUUAGCAUGGUCGCUGCCUUUGUCGCAUCACUUGGAGUUCACGGACCUUGUAGGUCUUGUCUUAAGCAGUUUGAGAGACUUUUCGAGAAGCCGAUUUGAUGGCGUCGAUUAUUUACUGUACAUGGGCACGGAAAAUUACACCAUUUCGUGUGAAAACUAUGGCCGUUGUGGUGAGGUUUCAGUCAGGAAAUUUGAGGGUAGAAUCGGAACUGACCUCUCAAACAUUAUCACCCCUACAAGUUUUGGGAAUUAAGUAUGGCCCUAAAAAGAGGGAGCCACUUGAGGCAAAAGUUGGACCGCAUAGACUAUCUUGACACAAUGCGCCGAUAUGAUUGAGGAUCGGUUUAUCCUCAGGCCACACACAGGCUUUCUGUUCCUUCUAAACACUGAAGCACUCAGACACUUCUCUUCCACUAACAGUGCGGACAACACCGCCAAUCAUCGAGCUGACGAAAGUUGACGAAGAUAAGCAUCAGAGAAAACGCUUUCCCGUCACUGUGAAUAUGAGCUUUCCUUUACUAGAGUUGUCGUGAUCGUCGAAGAAGGGCUUAAGUAAAACAAUGGUAUCUUUGACAAUUUCAUAAUCUUUGAAACAGCUGGUAGAAUAGUUGUACCAGAGCUAAGCAGAGCACACAAGUAAUUUACCCCGACUAUUUUUACAUUUAGGAAAAAGACGAACUCAAAGCAUCUUUCAACGGACACCUCCAACGCCCCACUGAAACGGGAAUUAAGAAUUGGUCCCUGCCGUUUUUCAGUCACUGACUAUCUGUAAAGGGCACACCUUUUUAACACUUUAACUCCAAGGAGAGACAAACAUCAAUCUUAACAAUACCAAUACAUAAUCAAGAGAAAGGUUUAUGAGAAUUAACAAAAUGAUCACCUAAGGGAAAGUAAAUUGAUUUUUUAUCAAGUUCUCCCACCUUAUUCUUCAAGGAAAUGCAUGGAGAUUAGUGUGGAGAAUUUUUAUGUGGAUACGGCCAGUCCGAACUGUGCCCGCGCGUCUUAGCGUGAGAUGACUAAUCCAUCUAUUAUGCUCUUUAUUCGAGGUAGGCGGUCAGCGUGUUUUGGAUUAUUUGUAAGCAAGAAAUAAAGAAAGGGUUAUAUAAGUGUAUACAAACACCAAAGUACAAUGUACUUUGUUUAAUGAUUUCGAGGGCUUUCCGUUAAUAAGAUUUGAGCAAUUGAUUGUCUGCCGCCGAGAUCGCUAGUCACGGCAGAUCUAAUUGAGAGCCCAAAAUACACUUCGCAGAAACAAGGCCAUUAAUAAAGUAGAAUUGAGAACCGGUUCGGUUUGAAAUAUAGGUCAUUUGCAUGGCCAGUUGAAUGAUUUUCUCAUACCACUGGGUCGAGUUCCAGGAGGUUCAAUCUGUUGAAUAGUUUGAAAUGAUAGCAUACAAACAAGAAUGAAUGUAAAAUUCCAACAAAUCGGAUCACAGAUUGCAAUCACUUUCCUUGUUUCUUCAGACUAUUAAUUACUGAGUUUAAAGCUAAGAUUAUGAGUGUAUGGAGCUAUUAUGAAACUUGAGACACUUUUUUUUUACCAAUAAAAGUAGUUGAGGACUAACCUCGGGCAGUUUCCUAUUCCACAGAUAAAAAAAGAAAACACUAACGCUUCCAAAGUCUAUUUCAUCUACAACCCACCCACAUUGGUGUGAGAUACCACAACCACGCUAUUGCAAACAUGUCCGGAAAAAAAAACUAUAACCCUUGACCAUUGAAAGAAAAUUCUCUGACUCAGUUGCCUGUCGUGUUAUUGCCCAACAAAUAUGGAAAAGAAGAAACGGUCCUAUGUCGUGAUACAUAAAAUUUACUUGAACCUCGUACUUGCGCUACUGUUCACAUGUUAAUUUCGUUUGAGGUAGACAGCAGGUAGUCUGUUAUCGUGUCGAUAAUUUGAAAACGAUUCACAGCCGACUCUCAAGUCUUCCAAUUAAUGGUCUAAGAAGGAACUUUGCUCCAUUUAAAGUACUUAAAGUUGAUAAGAUUUAUGCGGACCUGCAGUGAGUUGCGGCCGAUCAGAGGUUUGCUUAAAAACGCAAACGUUUCCCUGCGGCAUCCUGAGAAACAACGCCGGAAAUUAAGUGGUUUAUUAAGAACUGAGGAUUUUGCCCGACUACCAAAAUACGAAAAUCCUAUGAAAUCGGAUUGCAAAUAAGAUUUCCUAAUACCAUGAAUUCCACUGGUUUAAGUGAUUUCAUACUCGAUCAUGAACUUGUCGAGAGCAAGAACGAUAAGCAAUUUGUACAGUAAACGGAUGAUCGACGUUUAAGGAAGAAUGAUCUCCUAUUCCGCACGGAGGAUGGUAAAUCGGAGCAGAGAAAUCAUCGUCCGAUUUUAAGGAGUAAAUUAACCAUUCUUACUUUUAACAGUUCUUUCCUAAAAGUGUCAAAACGUCAAAAUUUAUCAAUAAUUGCAGAAGUAGGUUGAGUAUGAUCGUCCGGGUGAACGUAGUCCUGAAUAGGACUAUUGUUGUUGACAGUGACGGACGUUUCGACAACCUCUGCGUUAGUCAUCUUCAGAGUCAAAGCGAGUUGUAUCACGUCAUUUGAUGGUAUUAAACUCUAGUUUAUAAUUUCCAAGUUCCAAAGUCUACGAAUACUUAUUCUAGCCCUUUGGAAACUCAACGGUUUUGUUUCAAGGAACGGAAGCUUUCCACCGUGUCCCGUCUUCAUUCAGCGGAAGAAGCAGUGGCUGAAUGUCUCAAUUAACAAGUGGUAGCUAGCAUAUGGCGGGAAGUUCGUAACCCCACAAUCUGCAUUUAGGGUUGGACGCUACCGUCUGUUUUAAAUGACAUUAGGGAGCUUAAGCAGCGACGUUUUUGAGCGACGCACGUCAACCGGAAAUGGACGUUUUGCACUCUUGAGCCGUGAUUUUGAACAAAUUUUUGGGCAGAUCGUCUCUGUAAGAAUUAAGACACUUGGCAAUAUAAAUACGGUAGCGUCAAGGCUUAUUAAAAGAGGAAAAGGCUCACUUCCGGUUGACGUGCGUCGUUCAAAAACGUCGCUGCUUAAGCUCCCUAUUAGCUAUUAGGGAGCUUAAGCAACAACGACGGCGACGGCUACGAAAACGUCACUUGAAACUGAAGUAAAAUUGCACUACUUCAAACUUUAUUACGCUUAUUCCAUCUCAUUUAAUUCGUCAAAUGUUGACAGCAAAUUUUUCUGGAGCUGAAUUUUAGAGGGCUGUAAAUUAGGCACUUUCACGUCGUAGUCGUUCAGUGACAACGAAGAAAUGGACAGAAAACGUGAUGCACGUGCAAAGUUGUAUUUUUUCUGAUGCAAACCUAAAGUCUUUUAGCCGUUCUCGUUACCGUCUCAGUUGUCGUCUCCCGAAUUCUUGAUUCCGAAGUCACUUGCAGCUGUCACGUGAUCGAAUUGAGAUCACUUGACGGUAAGUUAACUAACAAGAAGUUAAUUAUAACCAAAACUGUCAACAAGACUGCAAUAAUUUGCAUGCUUUCUACACAGGUUUGUCCAACAUGGGACACAAAUUCAACAAGCUAUGUACCGUUAGAUACCUCUUAAUGCUCACCUCUCUCACUGGGAUCCUCAAUCUUGUAUAUCUGAUGUUCCUUGCGGACAUAAAAGGAAAUCUGGAACUCGACACAUCACAACGAUUCUCACCAGUUGUGGUUAGAAGGCAAAUUGCUAGCGUUCAAGUUGAUUCUGAACCAAAGGUUGUUGCCGGAUCAAGCUUGAGCUACUUGGAAUUACUAAAUUUGGAGUUAAAAGACAUCGUCCAAAGAUACAUGACUUCUUCAUCGACGAUUUCUAAGCACUACGAGGUAAACAAUUUGCGGGAUAGCAAGCUGCCACAACAGGAACACGUUUAUGGCUCUUUCGUUCCACGGUGUUCACCGACGCCAUUCUUGUUGAUUUUGGUCCAUUCAAGCCCCUUUAACUUUAUGGACAGGGAGUCCAUUAGACUGUCUUGGGGGCGCGAAGACAAUCCCAUUAACCAAGGCAGUUGGACACAUUCUGGAAGGUAAAUACUUGAGUCAGUGGAGAAAAGAGAUCUGUAAUGAAUGUUUCUGGAGGUGAAACGAUGCAGUUCGUAUGUCAUUCGUAUGUCACAGAAAAAAAAACCCUUGCUCACCAUAGUCUCGUGUGACUCAGUGGCAAGGGCAUCCGACCUCACAAUUCUGAAUUUUUAUUCCGGGCCGGCUCCCUGUAGUCGAUCGGGGUCAUUAUACCUACCCCUCCCCUAAGCCAACAUUUUGCCCUAAGUGAGAAGUAAGUGUUAACGUUGUGUCAGGGGAGGGGUAGAUGGGCAGUUUCCCAGAAUCGUAUAAUGAUCCCGUCGAUUCCUUUUAAUGUGAUGGAGAGAUUAACACAACGUAACAUCUUGGGGACAGCCUUGUGAUAGCUGGUAGUUAAAGUAUAUCACAUAGAGUGGUGACGUAAACAUUUAAGCAAGUUCGCUGGGCAUAUAGAACUUUAUAAACCUUUUUUCAUAUGAAAUGUUCUUCGAGAAAUAAGUAGAACUAUAUUAUUAUCAUCAUCAUCAUAAAUCUGUUAUUUAAAAAUUUACUCACCAAGUCCUUUCUUUCAGGUCAUGGAAAACGGUUUUUCUUGUUGGUCUAAGCAACAGUUCCAGGCUCAACAACCUACUAAAGCAAGAAGCUCAAGUGUAUAAAGACAUUGUUAUAGGAGACUUUCUGGACACAUACCGAAAUUUGUCUCUCAAGACACUCCUCGGACUACAGUGGUCUUUGCAACACUGCCAGGCGACAUAUAUUCUUAAAACAGACGAAGACUGCUUCGUCAACAUCUUAUCAUUCCUACAGUGGCUGCAAGAUUAUCACGUGACCAACGGUUCCAAGGCAUUAUACGCGGGAAAUAUCCAGGAGGAUAUGGAAGUAGUGCGUGACAAAAAACAUCGUUAUUUUGUAUCUACCAAAGACUUUAGCAAACAUAUGUAUCCGCCAUACGCUUCCGGAGGCGGGUAUGUGUUUAGUGGAGGCCUUCUACAAAAACUGUUGGCAGCAUCACAGAAAGUUCCUCUUAUUCCAGUGGAAGAUGCUUGCAUUGGACUAUACAUGCAGCGCAUCGGCGUGAAACCAGUCCACAGUACUAAAAUAUUACCUUUCGUCUUCUGUGAUAGUAUGAGGCAUAGUUUAAGUGAGAGACCCAUUUGCCACUUUCGCGAGCCCCUUGUGCUACAUGGCAUUAGAGACAUACUUCAUAUACAGACGCAUUACAACGUCCUGUUGAUGACUUUCAUCCCAACAAUAUGUUCGUAUGUAGACAAUCAAUCCUUUAGUAAGAAAUUCAAGUUAUCCUGUUAAAGUGUCCACUACUAUAAAUAACAAAAGUUGUAAUAAAAUCAUUUAUGUGU